AUGGCUAAAGAUUUACCUACUCUGUUGUCUCCGAUUACAGAGGUUUCUGCCUCACAGGAGGUUUCUCGGCCGGUCUCUGAUGUCGACAGCCCUACCGCAUCGGUGCUGUUUCGGCUGCURGCCUCGGUAUCGGACCGUCGUCCUGACAAAGCCCCGAUGUUCACACCACCGGGGCCACCCCCUCCGCCGCCACUGCCUUUUCCACCGACCAGACCCCAUACGCAGCUGUUUCCCCCACAACCGCACGACGCUGGUCCUGCCUUCGACUUUCCUCUGCCACAACGACAACAGCCGAUUCGCCGAUUGGAGCUUCCGGUCUUCGACGGUUCUGAUGUCGAAGACUGGAUCGAUCGAAUCGAGCAGUUUUUCGUCGUUGGGGCUUAUACAGAGUAG